CAAACGGAGUAACUUCGAAAACAUGUUACCACUGGUUUCAUAUACGGUCUUUCCCUCCUACCUUGCGUUACAAUAAAACGAAAUAAUGAGCAGCAAAGAAGUGUGCUUACUUAUCGGAGCAACUGGUGUUGGGAAAACGUUAUUACUUAAACGCCUACAAAAUAUCCUUUAAUCUCAGUGUUCUUGGAAUAGAUGUCAGGGCUGGAUAGGCUCAAAGGCUAAUGUAGCUUAGCCUGCUGUGACUUGGCUUUAAAGGAACCAACCUAACAGAUUUGACCCUGAAAAAGAAGAAGGUGACUGUGAGGGAAAUCGGAGGCUGCAUGGGCCCAAUAUGGCCGAGUUACUUCCAGGACUGCUUCGCUGUGAUUUUCAUGGUGGAUUCAGCCAACAUUGUUCAGAUAUCCUCCUCCUGUAUCCAGUUGCUGUCUGUGCUCUCUGCUGACCCUCUGCGCAAUGUCUCUGUGCUUAUUCUCUUUAACAAGAGGGAUAUGCCUUGCCUCAUGAGUCUGACAGAGAUAAAAUCACUAUUCAGAAUAGAUGACAUCGUUUCAUCAGCUCCUCAGCCUAUCACAACGCUAGAGGCCAGCGCUCGCUCUGGACAAGGUCUGCAAGAGGUGUUGAGCUGGCUGGAGUCUGUCGCAGUCAAGUGAAACACAUUUGGUAGCUUGGAAAACCCUUACUGAUGAUCACAUCCAGAUUCAGUGUCUAAAAUAGAAUCUUUUAGACAAUCACAUUUAGUGUUGGACUAUAAAAUAGUGCAUAUGAGAAAAUGCAAUAGGAUAAAUUAAGAGGACAAAUUGUAAGAAUAUUUGUUUGAAAGUGUACAUAGUGACACUUUUUCAGUAUUACCUUAGGUUUCAUCUGCCAAUGUUUUUUCCUUAUUCUUUUCUUAUUAAAUUCUUUAGUGAGCAAAUUCUUUAAAAGCAGGUUAAGACCACUUAUAAUCUGAUUCAAAUGAGGAUGAGAGUUUGACCUAAACUCUUACUGCUUAGAUUUAAGUUAAUUAAAGACACAAAACAAAAUAGAUAUAAAAAAUCAGUAAAAAUACAGACUUGAAAUGGAAUUUACUUCAGGGUCUUAAGGUUUGAAUUAUAAGUAAUUGAAAGUCUGUUUUGUAAUUGCAGAAUAUAGAGUAUAUCAUAUGAAUUGUAACAACCUCAUUUUGUGGAAUAUUUUAUAAAGAAUCCAUGCUGACUAUAAAAGACAUAAGAAAGGGAAGAAAUGAUUCCAAGAAAGACAUAAAAAGGGAGUAAAAAUAGCUGCAAAAAUAGUCAGAUGUAGGUCAGCCUCUCUCUAAGACACUGGUGUGUAGAGAUGAAACAAAAGUGAAAAUAUGGCCCACUAUGAAAGCUAAAUACAGUUGUGCUUAGAAAUGAGGGAUAAUUAAACUGUUAAAGAGGGACCAUUUAUAUUUGAUAUUAGUUUAGUGAAAGUCUACGUUUCUCUCAGCUGAACAGUGGUUUAAAUCGCAUACAUUGGGGAAAAGUGGUGUGUGUGAAAAUUACCAGGUGUUUAUCUCUUGGUCAACUCCCAGCAGAACUCUAAAGAGUAUAAAGCUCAUCCUCAAAAGAAGAACACUUGAAAACCUAAGAGCUUAAAUGGAAAUGGUGCCAUUGUGCAUGGCACAAAUGAUCAGCAGGUUGAAGAUGGUGCUCCGAAUGUAAAACUGUUAAAAGCACCCCAAUAAAUUGAAUAAGACUGAAAAAAGUAUUAUUUUUAUAAGUCAAUACGAAAAGAGAAACUCUCAUUAAGUACCGAUUUGUUUUUCUCCUACAAACAAAUAUACAUUUUGAGCAUUCAAUUCAGUAAAAUUCCACCCUAUUGCCAUAGAGCUCAUGAAAAUAAAAAAUAGUAUAAUGUCAAGAAAAACAAAACUGUGUAUGUGCUUAAUACUGGAUCAGGGAUCCUUUUCCUUCCAACCAACCAUCUAACAAUAUGCUUUCUCUCAUCACCAUGUGCACAACCAGCCUACUAAGCAAUAACCCAUUAUGGCGUACCCUCAUGGUGGAGAGUGUCAUUGUUUACUGGAUAACUGCACAAUCAGCAGUCUUCCUCAUUGUGUAGGUCAAAACAUGGUCAUCACAUAACAUUUCUGUAUCCAAAGUCAUUCUCUAUUUAGGUCUUUAAGCGUGUAAUAAAUAUUUAUCCAUAAAAUG